AUGUCUUUUAUUCAAACUGGUUGCCUAGCAGCGGAAUUUUCAAUCGUGCUCGUGGUCUGCACACUGAACUUCGUGUUGUGUUCUGGACCGGUGGUGGAGACGAACUCGGGUCUUGUGGCCGGGCGACAAUUCCAGAUCAGCGGCAAACACGUUGACGCCUUCUACGGGAUCCCUUACGCGAAGCCACCGGUAGGAGAACUCCGAUUCCGAAAGCCACUUCCACCAGAUCAUUGGAACGGCACCUACAAUGCGACGACAAAACCGACGGCGUGUAAACAACUUGACAUUCGGUUUCUCAAAGACGUUACCUUAAAUUACUCGAGCUCGACCGAAGAUUGUCUUUAUCUGAACGUGUGGAGACCAUCCGGAGUUUGUGGCGGUUCUUGUGACAAGAAGCUUCCGGUGGUCGUGUUCAUCUACGGCGGCGGCUUCCAGUGGGGUGACUCUGGGUUGUUUCUCUACGAUGCGGCCAAUUUUGUAGCAUUAUCGGAUGUAAUAUUUGUAAGCUUCAACCACAGGCUUAGCAUGCUAGGGUUUCUUUCUGUGGGCACGCCCGAGCUCCCGGGAAACGUGGGUUUCUGGGACCAGCACCUGGCGUUGAAUUGGGUCCAGAAAAACAUCCACCGGUUUGGAGGAGAUCCGAACGACGUCACUCUCGGUGGACAUAGCGCGGGAGCCAUUUCUGCUGGAUUGCAUGCAACUUCACCGCACAGCAAGGGCCUCUUCCACAGAAUAAUUAUGCAAAGUGGGUCGCCGCUGAGUUUGAUACUGGGCCUCACUUACAGUGGUUCUGAAAGGUUUCUUGACAUCGCAGCAAAACUCAACUGCUACAACCCAGAAAAUCAAUGGACCAAGGAAGUUGAUACCAUUAUACAUUGUUUGAGAAACAUUGACGCCGGUGCCAUUUUUAAAACGUUGGAAAAACAGGACAAAAUGGAUCAACUCUUCUCCCCCGUUUUCGGAGACGAAUUUAUUCCCUCCGACCCCCUUUCUGAAUCUACGUGGAAGCAGUUUCACGUGAAGGAGAUAUUGGCCGGAACGACCACUGACGAAGGCUCCCUAUUCGUUGACAACAUACGUUACGCGGCCCCUGAAUUGGAGUCAGUACUGAAGCUUGACUACAGACUCGGUGCUACGUUCGGACUUUCUAUCAUAUUUCAGAUACCCUUAAAACAAGCAAAAGCUAUAGUGAUCGAAUACUUCGGAGACGAAGGGACAGAACAUGACCAUGCCACAGUAAUUAGGAUUUUCUCUGAAGCUGUGGGAAAUAUAUUAAUGAACUGCCCGACAGAUCUUUUUGCGGACCUUUCUGCAAAACAGGGAAUCCCAACCUACAGGUACGUCUUUGACCAUCGUCCAUCGUACAGCUUGUGGCCGAAAUGGUUUGGGCCAACGCACUCCGACGAACUUCUGUUUACCUUUGGAUCGCUGCCUUUUAUUGCGGACACGAGUCGUCACACCGCCCCUCUGGGCCCCUCUGAAAGCAAGCUCCUCUCAAAGUUGAAGUACACAGAAGAAGAGGACAACUUCAUGAAGCAGAUCGUCGGCAUCUGGUCAUCAUUUAUCAAAACCGGGUGA